CCCUCUCGACCAUAUCUGCACCCAGAUCUCUUGCCCCUCUCGCACCCUGUCUGUCUCGCAGUUUUCCAGCAUCGUCCAGCCGUCACACUCACUCUCAGGACGACACUGGGCAGAAGCAACAAUAUGGCUUUACGAAUGAAGGCUUGCAUGUUCGUGGGACUUUUCCUGCUUUCUCUGGCCUGGAAAGCAGCCUGGGCCAAGGUGCAGGUGAACAUGGAGGACAGAGUGGAGGUGUUUCUGGGGGACACGGCCCAGAUCACAUGCAUGUUCACGGUCUCAGACAGCCCCGACAACGUCAUUAUCCAGUGGUACAUGAUCACGAAGACCAAUGUCCGCUUGAGGAUCUACUACGGAAAUGGCACCAUGCAGGUAGUCGACCGGGGCGGGCAGUUCACAGACAAGAUCAGUGUGAAGGGGAUGGGGAAUAGCAGCGAGGUGGUGCUGACCAUCAGGGACGUGAAGCUGGAGGAUGAGCUAGAGUUCAUCUGCCACGUCAACGAGAUGUCAGCCGGUAGCGAUGAGGGACGCACUGUGCUCAAGGUGUUCGCGUCACCUGAUCGUCCAAUCAUCACGGGGGAGGAAUCUGGGAUCUCUGUCAGCAAUGAGAACCCAUCUAAGAUAGGGAGCUGUGAGGCUAAGAACGGCUACCCCAGGCCCAACAUCACUUGGUACCGGGACCAGAGCUCACUACAGAACACGCCAGGCGAGGUCAGUGUGGUGACCCUGGUCACUAAGGAGUCCAGUGGUCUGUACACUGUCCAGAGUGACCUUCACCUGAAUGUGGUCAAGAAAGACAAGGAUUCGUUCUUCUACUGCGAAGUCAGCUACCUUGUCCCCGGUGGAACCAAGAUGACUGAAACCAACAAAAUCAACAUCACUGUCUACUAUCCAACCACUUCCCUUGAUGUGUGGGUGGAGUCACCAAAGGGUAGUGUCAAAGAAGGAGACACAGUUGAGGUUCAUUGCCGUGCCGACGGGAAUCCUCAACCACCCUUUACAUUCAUGCACAAUAUGGAGGAGCUGGAAUCUGAUCUGAACGUAUUGGUCCUGAAAAACGUGACAAGGCAAAGCAACGGCAACAUCAUGUGUACAGCACUGGACCUGGACACGUAUGAAGAAACCCUCGGGCAAACAGAGCUCUUCGUCGACUAUCUGGACCCGGCUGUAUUGAUCCCCAAAGACACCCAUGUCAUGGCCCAGGGAGAGGAGCUGAUGGCCACAUGCAACGCUCUGUCCUCCCUGCCCACACACACUGUAUGGUUCAAGAAAGGAAAAAAAGUUGCAGAGGGCCACACACUGACCCUGAAGGACGCUGUGUUUGACAUGGCGGGGACGUACGUGUGUGUGGUGAAGGUGUCUUCACUGGAAGGACUGGAGACCAGUGGCUCUUUACGUGUCUUCGUAGAGGGACACCCAGAGAUCAAGAAGUCAGCAGACCCAGUCCAGGAGGUGAGCCCAGGGAAGUCCCAGAAGCUGAGCUGCCACGCUAGAGGAUACCCAACCCCUGUUAUCACAUGGAGCUCCUCUGACAAAUCACAGAUCCUGAAGUUGUCCCAAAGAGAGACAGAGGACGAGGUUCUCAGUGUGGUGAGCAUCAAGGUGACCUCUGACGUCACAGCCUACUGCAACGCCUCCAACGACCAUGGCACAGUCUCCACCUCCUUCAGCCUCAAAGCCAUUGUCCAAACGACCUCGUCAGCUCCCAGUACUACAGUAACAACUCCAUUAGUUCCAGGAACAGUGGUAGCUCCAGUGACAGUAACAACAGUAACGCCAGUAACUCCUCCGAAGAGAGUCAAGAAAGAGGGCAGCGGUGUGAUCAUAGCUGUCAUCAUCAUCUGUAUUCUCCUGCUGGCUAUCCUUGGCAGUGUGCUGUACUUCCUGUACAAGAAGGGCAAGCUCCCAUGUGGGCGUUCGGGCAAGCAGGAUCUUACCAAACCGAAUAAGGGCGGCAUAGUGGUGGAGAUGAAGAGUGACAACACAGAGGAGGCCGUGCUUUUAAGUGUCAACGGAGACAAGAAACCUCCUAGUGACCAGUAAAGUGAUAAGUACAUGUACGUGCAGAAGUGAGCGUAGGUGUGUGAGGGGGCGACUGCUGCAGCUGCUCCCAGGCCAGUUCACUCGCUCAGGGUGGGAUGGAUCCUUUGAUGCCUCGUAGCCUACAACUUCCAGGAGAACUCAUCUGAUAUGUGCUGCAGUUCUCUAACCUGAUCCCAGAUUCGUAGUUCUUUAGCAUGGCAGUGGCUAACAAAGGACGUGGCUAUGUUCUCUCAAGUCAUGCUAUUUCAUACUUUAUCCUGUUUUUCAUAUGCAUAAUGAAGAACAUGACAGAGAUGCUGGCCUAAGCACGUACAGAUCUGGGAUCAGCCUAGCAAUUUUAAUGAAUGUGGUUAUUCUUUGCACCCAUAAAAUCCAGUUAGAGCAUGAAAUAAGAGGGACUGUUUGUUAUAUAUUUUCCUUAAUCCAAAUGCCAACUCAGGCAACCAAUCACUGAAGAGCAGCCCGGAACUGCUUUUUCAUGAAGUGUAAUAUGUUCUGUAUGAAUUUCUUUAUUUAAAAUAACCUGAGACAAACCUUUUAAAAAGACAUGGCUAGGAGUUGUUUUUGGUUUGUUGCUUUUUGAUGGAGGGACGUCUGUGUAGGCUUCGCGCUAGCUCUGGUCCAGGGCGUUAGUGUGCGUUCCUUCUGCAGCAUAGUGGAGCAACGUGAACUAACGCCCUGGACCAGAGCUAGCUUUACUCUAGAGGUCCACCUGCUGUUGUUCUGCGUGUGAUUGGCUGCAUUCACUUCCUACUUUGCUAAAGUCUGUACACUGAAACCGUGGGUGCAUAAUGACGGUCUUACCAACCAUGUCUACAUGUAUACAGCCUGCUUCAUCUACCCAUGUAAACCAACAUUCAACCUUUAGAGCUAUGUUCUCAAAAUGGACCCCAGUAUGGGUCAUGAUUCCGUUUCAGUUUAGUCUUUGUAUUUUUGUUGUUGUUGUAGCUUUUACUUACCACUGAAACUAAUCUUAGAUGUGUUUUCCCUUUGUUUUUGGCUUUGUGAAUGAACAUGUAAGGCCUUGUCUCAUCCUCUGUUAUCUUAUGAGAGAUGGGCCCUGUUUGAAUAUGUUGGAAUGCAUCCUUUCUUCUUUCCCUCAUUUGGAGUAAUCAAUGAGCUGACACGACUUGGAUAGGUGAAGGCCUAUCCAAUCAGGUCAAAUCAGUGAUUUCUUCAUGGGUGGUGAAAUAUGCAUGGAUAAGGGGUCCCCAUUCCUAUCAGUUCCGGAUUGGGUUAUUUUGUACUACAAUAGCCAAUAGCAGAGCUCCGAUGAAGCCAAAGCGUCAUUGGUUACUUUUUCAUUCUUCCAUAGUUCUUGUACUUUUUUUUCUUCUUCCAUAGUUCUUGUACUCUUUUUUUUCAUUCUUCCAUAGUUCUUGUACUCUUUUUUUUCAUUCUUCCAUAGUUCUUGUACUCUUUUUUUUCAUUCUUCCAUAGUUCUUGUACUCUUUUUUUUCAUUCUUCCAUAGUUCUUGUGCUCUUUUUUUUCAUUCUUCCAUAGUUCUUGUACUCUUUUUUUUUCUUCUUCCAUAGUUCUUGUACUCUUUUUUUUCAUUCUUCCAUAGUUCUUGUACUCUUUUUUUUCUUCUUCCAUAGUUCUUGUACUCUUUUUUUUCUUCUUCCAUAGUUCUUGUACUCCUUGUAAAUAAGAGUUAAGAAUCACGCUGAUAUGUUUCCAGUUCUGUCUGCCUUAUAUACAUUCAGCCUCUUAUUCUACAAAUCACAGCGAGCAGUACAGCUGACUUUCUUUCACACUUGUUUUAUCGUUAUUUGUGAAUAUUUGUCCAGUGCACUGAUUUUGUUUUGUUUGUUAUGAUUUGUCGUCAUGUUUUGUCUGUGAAUAUCUGGUUUAAGUUGGGUGAAGGAGUGUUUGCGAGUGAAAUGUCAGCUUCGUUUCUCAUGAAAGUGAAGAUAAAAUGGCUCUUUAAUGUGGGGAGAGGGGUAAGUUGAGCCACCCUUGUUUCUAGGAAACCAUUCACAAAAUGUAUAAUUUGACCAAAUUUUUAGCAAGAGGUCAUCAUUUCAUGAAGUCUGAAGGAAGGAACCACAUGGAAAAAGUGGUAAACAAGUUAGGUCCAAAAAACAGAUUUUCGCCAAGUCAAAUGAAUUUAGGUUUGAGGUUUCGUGAUGCUUGUAUCUAAACCAAAGUAUACAAUUGUAAGAUUGUUCUAUACAUUGGUUGGGGUCUCUAUAAGCUUCAAUAUGAAUUCCUAAACAUACCAUGAAAGUGCAUCCUUGUAGCUGUGUGGGCUAGUAAAGUCAAAAUGUUGGCCAUGGGGUAAGCUGAGGCAAUGCCAAGUUGAGCAAAGCUAAGUGUUUUCUUCCCAGGUGUAAUGCAAGGCAUUAUCACUGGUAUAUGAGGUAACAACAGGAUAAGGAUAAAUAUGGUUUAUAAAAACGUAGUGGUCAUAUUUAAUUCAGUAAAGAAAUGUAAGUAUGUAAAUUGUGCCAAGACAGCACUUUUGUUUGGACAAGCUGUUUUUAAAAACUGACAUUUAUAUGAAUUCGGAUUAUUUCCAGAUCUACAUAUGUAGAUAUCCUUGUUAGAAAGAAUACUAUAUUUCCCUUGAUGGCGUGGUGCUGAAAGUAAAACAAUUCAAAUGUACUCUACUCACCCCUAUGGCAAACAUAACCUAUAUGAAAGUCGUCUGAACAGGGACUAAAAUGUUCAACUCUGAUAGUGUUUUACACAGAACUCCUCGGAAAUGUUAUGGUUAUAUGUAUAUACACAUACCUAGUGGUUUUCAUUCUACAAACAAAAUGGCAAGACUUCAUUUUAUCUGUUGGUCAGACUACCACAAUGUCUACAGGAGAGAAUGACUUGAUAACAAUACACUCCUUAGUUUGAGCUUUCUUAAUCACAAAGUAAGAUCCGAAGAGCUCGCUCAUGGCCAUAUUAAAACACAAACCCCAGAAUGUCCUCUCAUUACACCACAGGAUAAAAGCUGGUAUGCUUAAGUGAGCGCCAAACUUAAGUCUGCAUCAAUCAUUAGGGCCACCAGUUCAAACAAUUAUUAUUAUAAUAUUUUUUUUUACUCAUGGUUCUCCCAAUCAUAUGUUACAGUCCAGCUAGGAGAAAAGUAUGACAAUCAUCAAUCUUUGAUAGUUUGAGGUAAAAUGUAUGUUUGGUUCUUUUUUAUUUAUACCCUUCAAUAUCUCCCCCUAAAGAUUUUGUGUUAAUAUUUUGGACAAGAACUGUGUUAAUUUUGAUUAUU